ACGCCGCAGCGUUCGCACGCAGGCAGCGCGCAGCAGACGCGGGCGGUAUCGAGGCGGUUGUGGCGGCGAUGCAGGCGCACCCGCAGGUGGCGGGUGUGCAGCAGUUUAGCUGCUGGGCGGUGGCCGGCGUGUGCUGCGGCAGCGACGCCGCAGCGUUCGCACGCAGGCAGCGCGCAGCAGACGCGGGCGGCAUCGAGGUGAGUGUGGCGGCGUUGCGGGCGCACCCGCAGGUGGCGGGUGUGCAGCAAUAUGGUUGCUGGGCGGUGGCCAGCGUGUGCGUCGGCAGCGACGCCGCAGCGAUGGCGCGGAGGCAGCGAGCUGUGAUCGCGGGCGCGACCGAGGCGGCGGUAGGGGCUGUGCAGGCGCACCCGGGCGAUGCAGCUGUCCAGAGGCAAGGGCAGGCUUUGCGGGAUCUUCUUGCCUGAAGGGUCCGGGCCGCGCGGACCAAAAGAGCGCACCAUGAACAGGAACGCAUAGACUCCGGUCUGUGAGAAAUGCUUGCGCCAUCUAGCUGGUUGUCCCAUGUCUGAAAGGGGUUUUGUCUCUCUGAGUGUGCACAAGAGUUGUCGUGUGAGUGGGAAGAGAGCUUGCGCGAUCUGCUUGUCUGGGGGCAGCCCGUACCGCCGUAGCCGUAGCCGGUACGCCGUAGCCGGUACGCCGUGUAGCCGCGUGUACAUUGUACAUAUCUUCUAAGGUUC